AUGACGGUGGUUGAAGAUAUCCAGCCGCACCAAUGGAACUCCACGCGUCUUUACUUCUAUCCGUUGGUCAUCCUCGCGACAAGUCUUUGGCUGCUAUACAGAUGGCAGCAACAAACUAAAAUGUAUAAGUUGGGGAACAAGAUACCCGGUCCCUUGGCGUUGCCGAUUUUUGGAAAUGCACUUUUGGCCAUAAAUAAGAAACCAGAGCAACUUUUAAGUAUUGCCCUGGAAUAUUAUGCGUAUUAUGGCUCUGUGGUGAGAGGAUGGCUGGGAAACAACUUGAUAAUAUUUUUGGCGGACCCAAAUGACGUUGAAGUAAUUUUAAACAGCAAUGUCCAUAUUGACAAGGCAUCCGAAUAUAAAUUCUUCCAACCGUGGCUAGGAGAAGGGCUACUCAUUAGCUCAGGAGAAAAAUGGAGGUCCCAUCGCAAAAUGAUAGCCCCUACUUUCCAUAUAAAUAUCCUCAAAUCUUUCGUGGGAGUUUUUAAUCAAAACAGCAAGAACGUUGUGGAAAAAAUGCGUGGUGAAAUGGGAAAAGUGUUCGAUGUUCAUGACUAUAUGAGCGGCGUCACUGUGGAUAUUCUUCUGGAAACUGCAAUGGGAAUCACCAAAGAAACUCAAGAUCAAUCUGGUUUCGACUAUGCUAUGGCAGUGAUGAAAAUGUGUGAUAUAAUCCACCAAAGGCAUUACAAAAUCUGGUUGCGUUUCGAUGCUCUAUUUAAAUUCACUUCAUUCUUUGAAAAACAGAAGAAGCUGCUAGAAAUUAUUCAUGGAUUAACAAAUAAGGUAAUCAAAAACAAGAAAGAACGUUAUCUCCAAAAUAAAGCCAAGGGUAUCAUACCACCAACGAUCGACGAAAUUUCAAAAACCACUCCUAAAACUGAAAAUUAUAAUGUAUUAGCCAACGAAAAAACGCUCGCUGAUACAGUAUUCAAGGGCUACAGAGAUGAUUUAGAUUUCAAUGACGAAAACGAUGUCGGUGAGAAAAAACGUCUGGCUUUCCUGGACCUCAUGAUUGAAUCAGCACAAAACGGAUCAAACAAGAUCACAGAUUUUGAAAUCAAAGAGGAAGUUGACACCAUUAUGUUUGAGGGCCAUGACACCACCGCAGCUGGAUCCAGUUUUGUGCUUUGUCUUCUGGGUAUUCACCAGGAUAUCCAAGCCAGGGUUUACGACGAGUUGUAUGGAAUUUUCGGAGACUCCGACCGCCCCGCCACUUUCGAGGACACCCUCCAGAUGAAAUACUUGGAGCGCGUCAUCUUUGAAUCGUUGAGGAUGUACCCACCGGUACCUAUUAUUGCCAGGAAAAUUAACCGUGAUGUUAAGAUAGCAACAAAUGACUACGUUUUGCCAGCUGGAUGCACUGUGGUGAUUGGAACAUAUGGAAUCCACAGAAACCCUAAAUAUUAUGAAAAUCCCGACGUUUUCAACCCCGAUAACUUCCUACCUGAGAAGACACAGAAUAGACACUAUUACAGCUACAUACCAUUCAGUGCUGGGCCUAGGAGUUGUGUUGGACGUAAGUACGCCAUUUUAAAGCUGAAAAUUUUACUAUCGACAAUCCUUCGCAAUUACAAAAUGGUGUCUGACAUAACUGAGGAUAAAUUUGUCCUGCAAGCUGACAUCAUUCUGAAAAGACACGAUGGCUUUAGGGUCCAGAUUGAACCAAGGAAACGUGUUCCAUCCACAGCAUAA